CUACCAGACCAACGAUGGGGGAGGACCCUGCUCCUUCUUAAGCUCCAGCCAGUCAAGCCAGGGCUAGAAAGCCCGCCAGCCAGCCGCCUCUUUCAGUCUCCACCUGUCUUUACAGAGCAGAGGAGAGGAGCCCAGCCCACAGCUAGUGCUUGGAAGCAUAGACCAGACUGGCCACAUCACCCACGACCUGCUAACAUGGCCGACCAGCUGACUGAGGAGCAAAUCGCCGAGUUCAAAGAGGCUUUCUCUCUGUUUGACAAGGAUGGGGAUGGCAGUAUCACCACCCAAGAACUGGGCACUGUCAUGCGGUCCCUGGGUCAGAACCCCACAGAGGCUGAGCUCCAAGGCAUGGUGAAUGAAAUUGACAAGGAUGGAAACGGCACCGUGGACUUCCCUGAGUUCCUGACAAUGAUGUCCAGGAAGAUGAAAGACACUGACAGCGAGGAGGAGAUCCGGGAGGCCUUCCGAGUGUUCGACAAGGAUGGCAACGGCUAUGUCAGCGCAGCCGAGCUGAGGCACGUGAUGACCAAGCUGGGGGAGAAGCUGAGCGAUGAGGAGGUGGAGGAAAUGAUACAGGCGGCAGAUACAGAUGGUGAUGGGCAAGUGAACUAUGAGGAGUUUGUCCACAUGCUAGUGUCCAAGUGAGGCUGCGCAUAGACUAGUACAGCCAGGUGCCCAUGAGGCUCCUGGGCUACAAGCUAGGCUGGAUAAUAGCUAUCCUCCUGAUGGUGAGAAUCUUAUCCAGGCCUUAGAUGUCUUUCCCUGUUUCCUCGGGGCUCUAUGGACUGCAUCCCCAAGUCUGCUUUUCACUUUCUGCAUCUUAUUCUGCCAACUUCCCACUAGCUCGAUCCCCUUGACUGAGAAAGCUUCCAGCUGAGACAGGCAUCAACUCCUCCUAGCCCUCAAGAGCCUGAAGCAGAAUGUCCCAUCUCUGCAUGGACAAUGAGCCAAAGGACCCAAGCUCCUAUUUGUUUCCUUUCUUUUCUUUUCUUCUCCUCAUUGCCCCCAUUGCCAACAGAAAUGCUCAACUCCGGGGCAUACUUCCAGAGGGAAUCUCCAUUUGUACUGUGUGUGUGGCCUGUGUGUGGUAUGCGGGGUGUGUGUGGGGAACAGCUGGGGUGUGUGUGGGGAACAGCUGGGGUGUGUGUGGGAAACAGCUGGGGUGUGGGGGGAGAACAGCACCAGCACCCAAUGCUUUGCAUCAAGGUAGCCGGUGGCCAUCAGUUGGUACAUCAUAGUGCUUAGGCAUCUUGGCUGAAGACUGUGUCUGUUGGAUGCGUCUGGACGCGGGGAUGAAGGGCAAUGGUGAAGAUUCUGAUGUCUGAGGGCACACAGGCUGUCUGGGACCAGCACUUCCCUUCCACGCCGACUUAGCUUAUUCCUUUCUGUCUCGAUCAAACAAACCUCUGUGAUCCUGGUUUUAUGCUUGUUUGUUUGUUUAUUUUCUGAGCUGAGAGUAGAGCUGGGGGGGGGGGGAAUCAUUGUCACAUGUUUGUAUUCAUCUAAAAGGAAAGAAAUUUACAUGCAAGAGAGAGGGAAGCUGCAGGGGAAUAAAUAAGUAAAUAAGACACAAUGUUCCUAUUUCUUUUCUGCUUCUAACUAAAACACUAUUUCUUAAGUCUAGGAGAUAAACCAGUCAGCAAU